AACAAUAACAAUAACAAUAACAAUAACAAUAACAAUAACAAUAACAAUAACAAUAACAAUAACAAUAACAAUAACAAUAACAAUAACAAUAACAAUAACAAUAACAAUAACAAUAACAAUAACAAUAACAAUAACAAUAACAAUAACAAUAACAAUAACAAUAACAAUAACAAUAACAAUAACAAUAACAAUAACAAUAACAAUAACAAUAACAAUAACAGUAACAAUAACAAUAACAAUAACAAUAACAAUAACAGUAACAAUAACAAUAACAAUAACAAUAACAAUAACAAUAACAAUAACAAUAACAAUAACAAUAACAAUAACAAUAACAAUAACAAUAACAGUAACAAUAACAAUAACAAUAACAAUAACAAUAACAGUAACAAUAACAAUAACAAUAACAAUAACAAUAACAAUAACAAUAACAAUAAUAAUAAUAAUAACAAUAACAAUAACAAUAAUAAUAAUAAUAACAAUAACAAUAACAAUAAUAAUAAUAAUAACAAUAACAAUAAUAAUAAUAAUAAUAAUAAUAAUAAUAAUAACAAUAACAAUAACAAUAAUAAUAAUAAUAACAAUAACAAUAACAAUAAUAAUAAUAAUAACAAUAACAAUAAUAAUAAUAAUAAUAAUAACAAUAACAAUAAUAAUAAUAAUAAUAAUAAUAAUAAUAAUAAUAAUAAUAAUAAUAAUAAUAAUAAUAACAAUAAUAAUAACAAUAACAAUAACAAUAAUAAUAAUAAUAAUAAUAAUAAUAAUAAUAACAAUAAUAAUAAUAAUAAUAAUAAUAAUAAUAAUAAUAAUAAUAAUAAUAAUAAUAACAAUAAUAAUAAUAAUAAUAAUAAUAAUAAUAAUAACAAUAAUAAUAAUAAUAAUAAUAACAAUAAUAAUAACAAUAAUAAUAAUAAUAAUAAUAAUAACAAUAAUAAUAAUAAUAAUAAUAAUAAUAAUAAUAAUAAUAAUAAUAAUAAUAAUAAUAAUAAUAAUAAUAAUAAUAACAAUAACGAUAACAAUAACAAUAACAAUAACAAUAACAAUAACAAUAACAAUAACAAUAACAAUAACAAUAACGAUAACAAUAAC